CUGCCAUUCGCUCGUGAUUUCCACGUGUUUCGCCCCUGUUGUUUUUAUAAGCCAUAGAACUUGGCGCACCUAUCACCACGGGACAUUAGUUGGAAUCUGUCAACAGGUAACUCCGGGUCUCAAUGAAUCUCCAGCUCGUUUGAUCAACCGCCAGUCACAUCUCUCUGGAAUAUUCUUUUAACUCGAUAUCAUGUUUUCAUCUCCACAUGAUGUCGGAAUUUACAGAUUUUUCAAAUAAUAAAUUGUCUUCAAUUAAACAUUCGGAUGCCAUGGAAAAUUGAGAAUCUGUGAAGAGACAAUCGAAAAAUUCAUUCAUUCAGGACUUUUCGAGAUAUAUUUGAAACAACAUGACAACUCUACUGCAGUUAUUUCUUCUUCAAAUCAUCAGUCUAAUCGUCGUGAGGGCAAAUCCUACACUGCAUUUAAAAUAUGUCACGGUAGUGUUUCGUCAUGGAGCUCGCGCCCCUGACACCAACGGUGCUGAAAGAUUCCCCAAUGAUCCCUUCCUGCAGGAUGAUUUUUUCCCCCAAGGAGUGGGAGGAUUGACCAACGAGGGAAAAAUACGCGAAUACGAGCUCGGACAAUUGAUCAGACACCUCUACGGCGAGUUCCUGGGGGAUAUUUACGUUCCAUCUUCUGUCAUGGCCCGCAGCACCGAUUACGAGAGAACGAAAAUGUCUCUUCAACUCGUUCUCGCCGGACUGUUUCCUCCUGUUAAGGUUCAGGAGUGGAAUCCUGCACUCAAGUGGCAACCGAUGAUCGCUAAUUACGUACCGGCUAACGAGGACGUCGUCAUGAUUCCUGAAGAGUCCCCGCAAUAUUUACGAGAAUUCAAGAGAGUAAAAAACCUACCGGAAGUGCGAAAGAAGUUGAGUGUAUUCCAUGAUUUCCUGAAGAAUUUGACACUCUGGACUGGGAAGAGUAUGAAGACUGCCAACGACAUGUUCAACCUUUACCACGCCCUGAUGGCGGAGUCAUCGAUGGGUCUUGCGCUGCCUCCGUGGGCGACUGACAUCUUCCCCAAGGGUCUGUUGUUGAAUGGGACUCUUCUAGAAUACGACAUCGUCAGCUACAAUGAAAACCUGAGGAGGCUCAAUGGAGGAAUGCUCCUGAAGGACAUUGUGCAUACUAUAACGAGUGUUAUCAGCGGUACCAAUAAGAGGAAAAUCUCCCUGCUCAGUGGCCACGAGACCAAUAUUGCUGCUCUCCUCAAAACACUUGGAAUUUAUUACCCACAUGUCCCCGAGUACUCCAGUGCGAUAUUCGUCGAGUUACUCGACGAUGGCGAAGAACACUACAUCAGGGUUCGAUAUUAUUUGGGAAUUCCCCCUCGUGUCGUCGACAAAGCUAUUCCCGGAUGUGACCCGCUCUGCCCUCUCCCGGAGUUUUUGAAUCUAAUGGCUGGAGUUCUACCCAGUGACGAGGAGCUGAUGUGUCAGAAAAAGAAUUGACGAACUGACAGAUUAAUACUAUAAUUACAGCCUCACUGAACUCGAAAUUAAAUAGUGUAGCAUCAAAUUAGUGUCACAAUGUUUACGGAAGUGUAAAUAAAUACCACUAAGCACA